AUGCUCCACCAGCAUCCUCGACUGAUUCAGAGAGGAUCAUCACGUCAAUGCCAAAAGCCCCCAACACGACACCAACAGACCCAACCACAACGCCAAUAGAGGCACCGACAACCAGACCUGUAACCACAUCUGUAACCACCACAACUGCACCCACUACCCCCGAAACGCCAACCAUGACAACCACGCAGACCAUAACCACCCCAACUCCAGCCAUAACCACCCCGACUCCAGCCAUAACCACCCCGACUCCAGCCAUAACCACCCCAACUCCAAUCAUAACCACCCCAACUCCUGCCAUAACCACCCCAACUCCAAUCAUAACCACCCCAACUCCAAUCAUAACCACCCCAACUCCUGCCAUAACCACCCCAACUCCAGCCAUAACCACCCCAACUCCAGCCAUAACCACCCCAACUCCAAUCAUAACCACCCCAACUCCAGCCAUAACCACCCCAACUACCACCAAAUCUGUCACAACUACCAUCCAAACCACAGAAGCUACCACUCCAACCACCACAACCAGUACAACGACGACAACAGCAACCACCACCACCACACUUCCUCCAACUACAACUACACCAACUACCCUUCCGACCACAACACCAGAAUUAACCACCACCACACCUGUUCAGACUACCGAGGCUGCACGCUGCUCUGCCAACUUCACACAGAUCAGCGCAGACUCGUAUUCAGCUGUUGUGACUUUAAGCACAUCAGCUCUGCUCUGUAACUUCACCUUGUUCACCGAGGAGGAGAAGAUCCAGGCUGAUGGCGCCGACUGUGAGCCGCAUGGAGAGCUCAGUCACUCCUUCACCUGUCACAUCACGGAUCUGGCACCCGGGACUUUGUACCGUCUAGUGGUGAUUUCCAAGAAGGAUGGAGAGAAGAGCAACGCCUCAGUGCGCACAGACCCGGUUGGUCCGACUCAGCUGGACAUCCAGAUGGAUCCGGUCCAGCAAAAGGCGCUGUCAUUGGUCCAGACCGGUUCCUCGGGUCUGCGGAUGUCCUGGACUCCUUCGCCGGGUCAUGUGGACUGGUAUGACGUCACUCUGAAGGACACCAGUUCUGGAUCGGCCCGCAGCACUCGGAUCAUGGGCAGCGCAGCCCCUCAGUCUGGCUUCACCUCCCUCGUCCCCGGGACUCUGUACUCUAUAGAUGUGGUGGCUACGGCCGGGAACAAGAGCGCUCCACCUGUCCGCACCACAGCAGCUACAGCUCCCUCCUCUGUCAGCGGCCUGCAGGUGGCGUCCUCCUCCCCACACAGCCUCACAGUCUCCUGGCAGGUCGGUCCAGGCAGGACGGAGCGGAUCAGGGUUCUGCUGACGGAUCAGAGCGGGGUCCUGAUGAGUAACGUCACUCUAGAAAACACCGUGACCUCGGCUGUGCUGGACAACCUGCAGCCCGGGACCCUGUACACCGUCACCGUGGUAACAGAGGCAGUCGGCCUGCAGAGCUCCACGUACAAACAGGCAGUGACAGUCCCAGCGAUGGUCUCAGAUUUGAGGCUGGACAACAACGGCAGCUCAGACACUCUGCAGGCGUCCUGGCUGCCGCCUGCAGGGGGCGUCGACCUUUACCUGGUGACCCUGACGGCGAAGGGAUCGACUCCUCAGCAGCUCCGCCUGACGCCCAACGUCACCCAGGUGUUGUUCCAGGGACUGACUCCCGGUCGGAGCUACCAGCUGACCGUCAGCACCACAGCUGGAGGAAAAAGCACCGAGACCAGGACCAGCAGGAGGACAGUCCCAGACCGGGCGGCGGCUCUCUCCGUGUCCGGUGACAGAAGAGUGCUGAGGGUCACCUGGUCACACCCCAAAGGCGACUGGGACACCUACAGCGUGCUGCUGUGGAACGGCUCUGUGGUUGUGGUGAACGAUACGAUCAGUAAACUGAACACACAGUACUCGUUCUCCGUCCUGGACCUCGGUCUGGUGCCUGGACGCCUCUAUGGGGCCGAGGUCACCGUUCAAAGCGGCGAUCUGAGGAGCACGGCACACUGCCAGGGACGACUGGCCCCUCGUCCCGUCCAGCAGCUGCUCGUCCGUCACACUGAUGAAUCCACGCUGAGCGUCCUGUGGAGCCGACCGCCUGGCGAGUGGGACGGCUACACGGUGGUCCUCAGCCUGGUGGACUCAGCCUCCGUCUUGGCUCAGAGGAUCCUGCCCUGGGAGGCCAGAGAGUGCACCUUCAACAUCCUGGCCUCGGGACGCAGAUACACCGUUACCGUGGUGACCAACAGCGGCAACCUGAACAGCUCUGCCUCCGUGAACGGAUGGACCACUCCGGCUCAGGUCACCCAGCUGCAGGUUUCUAACGGCGGCAGCAUCGACAGCCUCCACACGCAGUGGGAACGAGCCUCGGGGGAUCUGGACUCGUACCGCGUCCUGCUGGUCCACGACAGCAGCGUCAUCAAGAAUGAGAGCGUGACGGCCAACACCACCAGCCUCAGCUUCCACAGUCUGAGGCCCGGCGCCCUCUACAGGGUGGUGUUAACCACUGUGAGAGCCGGACGAGCCUCCAGGCAGACCGUCGCAGAGGGACGCACUGUCCCAGCUGCGGUGGGUGAGGUAACGGUCAGUAAUAACGGUCGUAUGGACUUCCUCAGCGUGUCGUGGCGUCAGGCUCCAGGUGACAUCGACAGUUACCUGGUGACACUGAGAGACAAAGAGAAGACGGUUGAAUGUCCGGCUGUUUCUAAAUCCAGUCAGUGUGUUUUUAACUCUCUGGUGUCCGGACGUCUCUACAACAUCUCCAUCACCUCACGCAGCGGCGACUACGAGAACCACACCUUCAUCCAGGAGAGAACACAGCCGUCAAAGGUGCAGAACCCCACAGCGACCCACGCAGCCCGGGACGACUCCCUGAAGGUGUACUGGCACCACGCGGCCGGGGACUACGACGUGUACCAGGUGUUCAUCAAACACAACAACACCUUCCUGCAGAACAAGACGGUUAUGAAGACGCAGAACGAGUGUGUGUUCACCGGCUUGGUUCCCGGCAGACUCUACACGGUCCUGGUGAGCACCUGGAGCGGGAAGUACGAGACCAGCGCCUCCACGCACGGGCAAACCUUCCCGGCCGUGGUGCAGUCCUUGUCUCUUGCCAGUCAGGGCACCGAGGACCUGCGGGUGACGUGGUUGGCGGCUCCGGGUGACGUGGAUCACUAUGAGGUGCAGCUGCUGUUCAACGACAUGAAGGUGUUUCCCCCGAUGACGCUGGGCAGCAGCGAGGGGGAGUGCGUCCUGUCGUCGCUCACGCCCGGACGCCUCUACAAGAUCCUGGUGUCGACUUUUAGUGGCCCACACCAGAAGGCCCAGUUUAUAGAGGGACGCACAGUUCCCAGUAAAGUGAAGAACAUCGACGUGAGUAACAGCGGUGACAGCGGCAGUCUGAAGGUGAGCUGGACGCCGGGUCAGGGCGACGUGGACGAAUACUCGGUGUUCCUGUUCAGAGAGAACCGGCAGCUGGAUGUCCGAGCCGUCCUCAAACACGUCAACCAGGUGAGCUUCGGCUCCCUGCAGCCCGGCCAGCUGUACAGCGUCACGGUGCAGUCGGUCAGCGGAGAGCUGGUUAACAACAGCACGGCCAGCGCACGAACAGUCCCCUCAGCAGUGACGGCGCUGCAGGUGGAGAACCUGCACUCCACCAGCAGCCUGCAGGUGAGCUGGCAGGAAGCUCUGGGCGUGUCCGACGGAUACGAACUGCAGGUUCUGGACGACAGAGGCAGUCUGGUGACAAACUCCUCCCAACCCUCCGGGAGCACCAAGCACAUAUUCAACGGUCUCACCCCUGGAAAGAAGUACCGCAUCCUGGUCCAGACCACCAGCGGAGGAGUCCAUAGUCUGGGGGUCAGCGUUGUGGCUCGUACAUAUCCUGCAGCCGUCACUGAUCUGUCCAUUCAAAGCAACACCACCAGCAGCCUGUCCUUCCACUGGUCUCCACCGGAGGGCGAGUUCGAGUCCUACGAGAUCGUCCUGUACAACAGCGACGACACGCUGCAGAACCGACGCCACGCCCCGUCCAGCAGCCAGCAGUGGUCCUUCCAGGGCCUCCGACCCGGAGCUCCGUACAAGGUGGUGCUACUGACCCGCAGCGGGGAGAAGACCAACGACUCCUCCAUCUGGGCUCGGACAGUCCCGGCAGCAGUUUUAUCUCUGAAGGCUCAGAGUGGAAACCAGUCUGACGCUCUGUGGGUGAACUGGGAUCGAGCCGAUGGCGAUCUGAGCGGCUACCUGCUGUCUCUCUACAACCCCAACGGCUCGCAGCAGGCCGAGGAGCAGCUGGGGUCAGAGGUCACCGAGUUCGUCUUCAGCGACCUCGUACCUGGGCGCCUGUACCGAGCCGUGGUGCUGACUCUCAGCGGAGAGCUUGCCAACAGAGCGAGCACGCGGGGAAGGACGGCUCCCAGACCGCCGACCUCCUUCCUGUACGGAGGCGUAACCAACACCUCGCUGGAGAUCACCUGGAGCGGCCCCGUCGACUCCGACUACGACGACUUCGACCUGCAGUGGACUCCUAAGGACCAGCUGUCCGUCAUCAACCCGUACCACACCCGCACCUCCGGCAGCCGCAUCCUGAAGGGGAUGUACCCCGGACGCGCCUACAACUUCACCCUCCGAGCCGUCAGCGGAGCCACGGACCCUGGAGCCACGCCAACCUACAGUCUGCCCAUCCACAACAGCAUCCGCACCAAGCCGGAGCGAGUCCACGGCCUCCACUGCCGCCCUCAGAGCUCCACCUCCAUCUCUUGCUCCUGGGGGCCUCCGCAGGCCGACUACGACUCCUACUCCAUCGAGUGUCUGCACCAGGACUCCCAGAAGCCGGUCUACACGACGCUUAUCACCGACCGCCAUUCCACCUCCUAUCUCAUCACGGAGCUGAUUCCACACAAGCGCUACACCGUCUGCGUGAAGGCCAUCUCCGACACGACCACCAGCGAGGCGGCUCGAGACAACGUGAUCACCAUGAUCGACCGUCCUCCCCGCCCCGGCACUCGGGUCGAUGACAAGUCCGCCGUGGUCACCAAGUCCUCCAUCUUCUUCAGCUUCAACUGCAGCUGGUUCAGCGACGAUAACGGAGCCGUCAGGUUCUUCACCGUGGUGGUGACCGAGUCUGAGGACGUGGAGAACGUGCAGCCGGAGCAGGACCACCCUCUUCCCUCCUACCUGGACUAUAAAUCCAACAGCUCCAUAAAAUCCUACCAGACCAGCUUCUUCCCCAGCCGCUGCACCGACAGCAGCUCUCACAGCUUCGACAUCAACGUUGGGACCGGCAUGGAGUCGCUGGGAGGAAACUGUGACCACAAAGACCCGGAGAGCAGGGACCAGUUCUGUGACGGACCGCUCAAACCCAAAACUGCUUACAGAAUCAGCGUCCGAGCUUUCACUCAGCUGUUUGACGAAGAGAAGAACAGCUUCGUCGUCUCCUCUCCUCUCUACACCGACACAUUCCUCUCCCUUCCUGUGGUCACUGAGGCCGAGCCUCUGAGCGGUGUGAUCGAGGGAAUCAGCGCCGGCUUGUUUCUGAUCGCCGUGGUGGUGGGAGUCGGAGUUCUGCUCGUCUGCAGGCAGAAAUCACGCAAAGUUGUGCAGGACAGAGCGACGGUCAGGAUGAGUCUGAGGAGGGAGAGACCCACAUCAGGAGUUCAAGCGGGGGUCAGAGGAAACCGUCGAAUCUCAAGUCCCGUUAAAAUCCCGAACUUUGAGUCUCAUUACAACAAACUGCAGGCCGACUCCAACUACCUGCUGUCAGAGGAGUACGAGGAUCUGAAGGACGUUGGUCGUAACCAGCCGCUGGACACCGCUCUGCUGCCGGAGAACCGCGGCAAGAACCGAUACAACAACAUCCUCCCAUAUGACUCGACGCGGGUGAAGCUGUCGUACGUGGACGAUGAUCCGAGCUCCGACUACAUCAACGCCUGCUACAUUCCUGGUAAUAACUUCCGUCGGGAGUACAUCGCCACUCAGGGUCCUCUGCCGGGAACGAAAGACGACUUCUGGAAGAUGGUGUGGGAGCAGAACGUCCACAACAUCGUCAUGGUGACGCAGUGUGUGGAGAAAGGCAGGGUGAAGUGUGAUCACUACUGGCCGUUCGACCAGGACCCGCUGUACUACGGAGACCUGAUCGUCCAGAUGCUGUCGGAGUCGGUUCUGCCGGAGUGGACCAUCAGAGAGUUCAAGAUCUGCAGCGAGGAACAGCUGAGCUUCACCCCGGCUUUCGUCAGGUUUCAUUACACCGUGUGGCCCGAUCACGGAGUCCCAGAGACAACGCAGUCCCUCAUCCAGUUCGUCCGGACCGUCAGAGACUACGUCAACAGGACUCCCGGAUCCGGACCCACGGUGGUGCACUGCAGGUAA